UUGUUAGAUUGAUCUCCGGUUUCUGUAUGUUUGUCAAAUUAUUUAGCUAACCUACCUACGUUAGCCAGCUAGCUGGAAUGGUAACCAAAGGAAUGGUGAGCAGCUGUGCACUUUCCUUCGAAAAUUAAGGUGGGCCAUGCCUUAACAUUUAUUAAUAUUUAAAGGGACGUUUAUACAGUUCAAGCAAAUACGCAGCGAAUGGCCCGGAGACUACUUGUCGUGGGACCUUCAUAAAAAGAGGGACAUCAGUCUGAACCUCUGAAUGAGUGAUGAACUUAAACCCCUUCUGGAGCAUGUCUGCCAAUACAAGUCGUAAGCAGAGAUCUGACAACGAGGAACAAAGCGGGCAUGGGGAGCAGAGGGCCAGUCCAGCCCGGAUGCCCUUUGGCAGAAAGCAGCUUCCGCCGAUUCCUAAGAAUGCAGCCCCUAUUACCAAGCCUUCACCACUGGGUACUCCAAUGCAGUCUGCCAAUGGCACGCACGCCUCUUACGGCCCUUUUUACUUGGAGUACUCUCUGCUGGCUGAGUUCACAUUAGUGAUAAAGCAGAAGCUCCCUGGAAUUUAUGUCCAGCCAUCCCACAAGUCUGCACUAAUGUGGUUUGGUGUCAUAUUCAUCAGACAUGGCUUGUACCAGGAUGGUGUCUUCAAGUUCACUGUGUAUAUUCCAGACAAUUAUCCAGAUGGGGAGUGUCCUAAAUUAGUAUUUGACAUACCAGUCUUCCAUCCACUUGUUGACCCUGUGUCUGGAGAGCUUGAUGUCAGAAGAGCUUUUACCAAAUGGAGACGGAAUCACAACCACAUCUGGCAAGUCCUGAUGUAUGCACGUACAGUUUUUUACAAGAUUAACACCACAGACCCACUCAACCCAGAGGCUGCUGUACUCUAUGAGAAAGAUGUGCAGUUGUUCAAAAGCAAAGUGGUAGAUAGUGUGAAACUAUGCAACAGUCAUCUUUUUGAUCAGCCGAAGAUCGAUGAUCCCUACGCAAUAAGUUUUUCCCCAUGGAACCCAGCUGUACAUGAAGAAGCAAAAGAGAGGAUGUUCACAUACAAGAGACGACCUGAGGAUCACCACAAGGUAUCUCAGGCAUCGGGGUUGUCUUGGGUAAAGCCUGGCUCGACACAGCCCUUCAGCAAAGAAGACAAUCCUCCCCAGAGCUGAACCUGCAAUGUCAAGAUAGUGGCCACUAGAGGGAGUCAGAAGCAUCAGAUUCCAUGCCACAGGCUUGCAUCAGCCAUCUGUGUGAAAGUGGAACCUUGGUAGUUGGCAACUUUAUAUCAGCUCUUCACAUUUAUUGCUUGGCUUUAAAAGCUUUUGUAGGCCUCUCCUCAAAGAGUUUUAGAAAAAGGAAACCAAGUUUGUAUCAUAUUUAAAUCAACAAUGACAAAUGGAUGUGUCAACAUCCUUUAGGGUAAGAUGCAAUCAAAGUGCAUUCUCAUUUUGGUUUUCUUAUCCAUUCACAUAUUUAGUUACGUUAUGACAUACAGCUGCAAAAGGCUGUGGAAGAUGUGAGCGAAAUUAUUUUCAUUCUUAUUGUAAGUACAGUGGAUUGCAUGAUCAAUACCACUUGUUCAAUUUGGCUCAGGACUGUUUAUUUGUAAGACUCGGAAUGUUUAAUCACAGCUGUGUCGGUGAAAAAACCCUGUCACAUCCUCCUCUAUUACCAAGUUAGGUUGACAUUUGCUUUAUAUUUGUCUUAUUGGACAAUGAGUUAUUUUUUAUUUCCACUGUGUAAACGGUUGUCUUACUUUGCUCCUAAUAUUUAUGUAAAGCAGAGUUGGCAAAUAUGGUUUUAAAUAAGAUUCUAAGUAAGUAAGCUUAUGUAUUUUGCCAGAUUUGAAAUCAUUUUGAAUGUUUUAUAUAUAUAUAUAUAUAUAUAUAUCAUUGGUUAUUAAAGGUUUGAUGUGUAAAUAAUGGAUUCUAUGCUGAGGUUUAAGAGACAUCUGCAUUGGUGCUCUGUAAGAGAAUGUCUUUUUUUUUUUUUUUUUUUUUUUUUUGUAGAUAAUUGUAAAUUACUCCCAAAUAAAUGACGUUACUCUAGAAUUACAGAAGUCUGGAAGACAAACACCUUUUAUUUUGAUAAGGUUUAGUUAUUUAGGACACUCUGAACAGCAAAAUAUGAUGGUAAUAAACUGGGUUGCUUCAUAUUCUCUAGAUUCAGGCCAGUGUCAGUUCAAACUUGAAGUCUUCAAGCAGAGGGAUUUGGCUUGAUUGCUGUAUUUGCAAAUACUGUUGGAAAAUAGAUUUAAAAUCAGUAGAAAUUCCAUAAAGAAAUGAGCACAGCAGGUAUGGUGGCCAAACUUGUUUGAGCUGCUGUAAGAGGGAAAGUUGUAACAAACUGUAAUUGAUGCCAUUUGGCUCUUCAGAAGUUCAGAUGUGUUGACGUGUGGAACCAUUUCUUCUUGACUGCUUAGACUGGUUUUCUUUGAAAUCAAUAAAAGGAUUUUUAAAAGCUA